UCAGUUUUCGGUCGGUCGCCUUGGUGUUGAGACGUAAUUUACUCGUUUAUGAAUGGCGAAGGAGUACUCCCGGAAAACAUUAUAAUGGAUGGAUACAAUAUAAUAGCGAACUAAUACAAUUUAUCAAUGUCUUUUGAAAACAGCGGUGAAUUGCAUCAAUAAACACAAUGUACCGGUGUAGUUGAAAAAAGAAAAUCGAUAUUUUCGGUUCCAUACUUCGAAAAGCAGAAAGGAUUGGAUAUAGAUUUUUGCAAACAACCUCAAAUGCUGAUUCGAUACGAUUGUAGUGGUCUCUGGAAUAUCUUUGCACCCGGUACAGAGGAACUAAUGAAGCAGGAAUUUCGUAGCACAGAUACGCUCUCUUUCAAUAGAAGAUGCUGCAAGUUUAGUAGUUGUUAGAUGAUAAUAAGUUUGCGCUUAGAAAAGGAGAGCAAUCAGCAGUGUGUCGCACAAGUGUUUGAAAUCUAAAUUGAUAGAAAUAGUCGGCAGAAGUGCUAAAAUUUGUGUUGUAAAUAUGAAUGUGUGUAUCCAGAAAAAUUGAUAUAUAGUAUUUGCUGAUCAAAUUUCUGUUUUGUGCUAAGUGUUCCGGGUUUCUAUCCACUCAUUGUAUUUCCUGUUAAUGUGCAAAAAUUUUCGCGGUGAGAGAAUUCCGGCCCAAAAAAUUAUAAAAACGAAUCCACCUUGCCAGCGAUAAAUGUGAUUCGUUACUAAGAAGAGAGUGAGUGAAAGGGUACAUGAGGCGCAUAGUUAUAAUUUCAAUUUUAUGAAAUAUUUGACCGAAAAAUAGUUACAUGAAAAUCGAUAGUAUAAUACGAUUGUGAAUAUGCCCCAUCGAACUUGCGCGAUAACUAUGAUAUUGAGUAAUAGAAGCGAAGAAGCUGCAAAUUUUUGCGCUUAAAGCAGCAAAAAUAGAGGGUUCACAAAACUGAAAAGUGAAACUCAGCUACCUCCCAUGCGCUAACUUUCCCAGAAGGUGGAAAGUAUCGCCAAAACUUCAGAUCGCGAACCACAGAUGGUUAUAUGUUUAUAUGGCGCUGCUAGUUCGAUAUCUCCUUCUAUUUGCGUUAAUACUUCAAUUGCUCAACGGGUUCACGACAGUUUUAGUGUCUGCAUUUGUAAAUAAAGUUGGACCCGAUCGGCUGCGUCUUACAGUGUCUCCUCCGAGGCAUAUCAUUAUUACUGCAAUCAAAAACUCUCCCGUUUAUUUACCAUGUCAUGCAGAAGCCGAUGUCGACGAUUGGGUAGACUCGGAUAUAGAUGUGGAGGAUGUCGAGUACGAAAACAACGAUGAUGAAGUGGUAGACAUUUUACAAUCACCUAUAGAUCGCCAGGGUUUCUACGAUGAUGUGAUCGAUUUAGACAAUCUGGACCAUGACAACAUCAAUACGGAUGCUAAUGAAAAUAUCCUGAAUGAAAAAGAUGAGUACGAUGAAGAAACCUCUGAUCGAUAUCGCCGUUCAAUAUAUAGUAGAGACCUCAUCGAAUACGUAUGGUACCGCAAUGGACUGGAAUUUUUCAGCACUUCAUUCCAAAAUCAAAACCACAAGCAAACCCAUAAAGGAUUUCGUCUUUUUCCAAACGGAACUCUGAAAAUACCUUACAAUCGUCAAAUGAGUAAUAUUUCAUCUGGCGUUUAUAGGUGCAGAGCAAACCUUACACGUCACGGCUCUGGUUCUAUCCUUUCUACAGAGAGUGUGGUUUCUAUCGCUUAUUUGGAACGUAAUAAUGGCUUGAUUUCGCAAAAUAACACGAUCGUUUCUAAGACUCACAAUUCGCUAGUGCUACAUUGUCCUUUUGAUAGCCACCCGCCAGCAAAUGUUUCGUGGAUGGUGAAUAGAACACAGAUCUUCUUUAACAACAACGUAGUAGGAGUGCAAGAGAACAGGCGAGUAAAAGGUUUCAAUUCACAAACGCAUCCCCAAAAAGUGUAUUACCAGUUGCAAAACGGCAGCUUACUUAUUGUAGACAUUCGGCCUGCAGAUAAUGGACGAUACCGAUGCAAUGCCACAAAUACCUUCGCCACGAAAAGUUUUCGUAGUUAUGGUUAUGUAGUCGUAACUAUGCCUCACACAGAGAUUAUCUCAAAAGGUCAAUUGUUACCUAGAAUGCAAGAAACAAUCCAAAAGGUACAUGCUGGUGCAACUCUCAAGCUUAAUUGUGCGGGGAACGUAGGCCGCCCUCAGUGGACAUUUCUACCCCGCCACGGAAAAAUACCGAUACAGCUGACCAACUUCACGUAUCAACUCAAGUUUUCUAAUGUUUCUGUGGAUAAACACGAAGGAAUCUACAAUUGCUCUCUCGGUGCUGAUUCUCAGCUGUUCAAUGUUACUAUUCUGGUGCCACCAAUGUUCCUCAACAAUAUGACCUCAUAUACAUCUUCUGUUGUUGCAUCUAUGUCAUUUAAUUGUAGUGUAAGCGGAAAUCCUCAACCCAAAGUCACAUGGUAUAAGAACGGCAGGGAGAUCAAGAAUAACUACAUAGUUCAUUAUAGUUAUCCAAUUCUCCGAAUUCACACAAUUGAUCCAGAAGAUGAGGGAUUAUAUCAAUGCAUUGCCAAAAAUGAAGCAGGUGAAACGAGCGUGUCAAUGUACCUAUCUAUCCGUGAUAAAGAUAAGUACAAACGGAUAUCAAAACGUCCCGAAAAUAUUCAAUGCUUUCCACUCGACACCACUAGCCUAUAUGUACGCUUUGAUCGUGGCGUGCAAUAUGUUAAUACAGAAUACGUUAUGUAUUACCUCGCAUCAGAAAAUCCAUACAGCUGGUACAGUUCACCUCCUACUCAAUUGCUUACGAACAACAGUAUGAAAAUCACCGGCCCAAUGGUUACACCAUUUCAAAAUUAUACGGUAUAUUUGCGAGCUUGCACAGUGACCAGCAUAUCCGAGGCUGAAUCUAUUGGUCCAGCGGGUAAAAAACAGGUUAUCCCUUCAAAGUUAUCUAAAGGUGUUAAGUGUACUUCACAAGGAGUACCAGUGUUGUCUACGUUUUUUCCGAAUGGUAUAUUUAUCGGGUGGCCUCGGUAUACUGGAGUGGAACCGACUGCUUUUAUCAUUCAAUUCAAGCAUGAUAAUAGUACAAGUUUCUCUAACAUUUCAACUCAAAUUAACGGCACACGGCAAAUCUUAGACGAUUAUAUUACACACGAAGAAGUAGAGCCACUAUUGACAAAAAUAAACAUAACAACGAAACAUUACCUGGAAAGUAUACCUGUUGAGAUCACUGGAAAACGAAAACGAAAACGCCGCCGGCGUGCAUUUGAUCUCGCUAAAAAUCCAAAGCAAAUCUUUGAAUCUUUAACGGGCACUCAGCUUGAUUUGGAAACGUACAAUCAGCAUGCCGAGUCAGACAACUUGGCUAAACACAAUCAAAAAUUUCGCCAAAUGUUCAUUACACAGAUUAAAGUUUCUGGAAAUGUGACAGGAAUACUCAUUCCCGAUAAGAAAAGUGUGAUCGUAAGAAUCCUUGGUUCCGUUGCUCUUGAUGGAGAACCAAUGAAACAAGAUCUACGUUUUGUACAGUGGAAAACGAUCGAUUUAUCAAUUCGACGCCCCGAUACAAUUAAUCGAUUCCAAGCCAAUCACAUAGAUGCUAGAAGUGUUCAAUUCACUUGGAUUCGGUUCAUAGCCACGGAUUUAUUAAACAAGUGUUUGAUGUUAUGCUACAAAAACGUUAACCAUGAUGUUUUCAUACGAGGAGGAUCAAACAGGAUAAAUUGUCUAAAUAUACCAAAAGAUGCAACACAUUUCAAUUUGAUAGGAUUACUACCAUAUACGUUAUACAAAGCGUUCCUGAAACCCUGUCAUUCCAAGGAACCAAUCAGCGAUGUUGUAGAUUUUCAAACUAAACAGGAUGUUCCUGGGCCUGUCACAAAUCACGCUCUCAUCAGAAAAGAUGGGAUAACAAUUACCUGGGGACCUCCAGAGAAUCGUAAUGGUAUACUUCAAGGGUAUCUUAUAGAAUGGGUAGAUAAAGACAAAGUGCAUAACUCUGCAAAUUUGACAGUUAGUGCAAAUCACUUUCAAUUCCCAAACAUUUCAACCGAUGAUAAAAUAAAUAUAUCUAUACGAGCAAUCGGAAGUACAGGAAUUGGCAUUCCGAUUUAUAUGAAUCUUUUGAAUCAUGUAGAUAUAUCCUACGAAAGUGAUCCAGAAGUCAAUUUUCCGUGGUUGCAGAUAAUUAUUGGAACUUUCCUACUUGUUCUUUUCGCAAUUAUAUGUUGUGUAUUGGUCGUACACAGGAAUAAUUGUCAGAAAACAAACUUUCGAGCGCAACCCGCCACACCAAUGGCACUACAGGCACAUUCAACAAGCUGCAAUGCGGACAUCCACGAAAUGCAGACCCUAAUCAGAACGUCGGAACAAUUACCUGUAUCAAUACCUAAUGGAAAUUACAAGCAACCGCAAAAUCAGAAACCCGUAGUCCAUCGGCAAGUCAUAAACACCGUAGAAGGUGUACAAGAUCAUAUCGCAACAUUGAACCUUACUACCAGUUUAGAAUCUGCUAACAUAAAAACACAAUCAACGCCCUCAUUUGAAAAUGGAGUAAAACACCAAACAAAUAUAACUUCUCCGAAUUCGACUACGUUACUACCUAUCCAACAAUUAUCAGUAUCCUCACAAGUUUUAAAUAAUGACAAAAGCAUACAACACAGGUCUCCUUCGAAAGUUAGCAGCCCAAUCAUGGAGUCACGACGGCACACACCAUUCACCAGUAGUAAUAGUAUCUAUAACAAACCUAAUAGCAGUUACAUGAAUCUAGAUCAAAACUGUGCACUCAAUUCCGGCACUCAAAAUGGUAAAAGAAAUCAAUCACAAAGCACAGGGUUAUCAGUCCAACUACAACCGAAACAUUCCUCGAUAGCCACUAGUAUUGCAGCGGAACAAGUGCGAAAUCUGGCACCUACCUCGACGUCAUUAACGUCUUCUUUGAACUGCUCAACUCCAACGCCAGGAGUAACUGACUUGUUCAUGUCAUUCUCUUCGGUACAACCUCUGCAGUUUCAACCGCCUAAAAUCACUGGAAAGAAAUGCUACGCCACUAAACAAAACAACAAUAGCAAUGGAUACGCUGCCAGCAAUGCAGCUUCUGAAGCUUCUAAUGUGCCGCCAUCAGGUGUGCGGAUAACCGAAAAUCCACAGUAUUCGAAAAAGAAAGUAGUUGAACGGAAAAAAUCUCCAGCAGCAGUUGAAAAUGCUUCGUUAUUUGACAGUAGCCAGUGCAGAUUAUUAGAUUUAACAAUAGAUAGUAAUAGUUUAGAUCCUUGUGACGAUGACGAAACUAACUGUGAUCAAAAUGACGAAGCUAAUCAUUCUCGGAGCAAGCUUAUUCGAAUUAGUUCUUCGGGUAAAAGUCAAAAACAACAGAGACCGUCUUUACAGCGUCGUUUACCGCCAGCAGCAAGUGAUAUGGAGGAAGACGAUAAUAACAAUGAACAACAUGAUAGUGAAGCACUAGCCAACCAAAACAGUGGAUACAGGCAUCUUCGUCAUCAUCAACUAUUAAAUCCGAGGCAUUUGACUUACCAACGUACUAACUAUGAAAGUAGUUUUGGCGGACCUGAUGGCAGUACUCACGAUAUUAGCCACGAAAUUUACGGUGACAAAGAUAAUACAGACCCACCAGAAGAAAUAGAAAAUUCUGCAUCGUUGCUGAAUGAUAACAACCUCAGUUCAAAACCUCUGCAUCAACAACACGCCUCAAGCUGGAGUUUUCGACGGCCGAUUGUUGGACCAAACGGUUAGUUACAUCAUCAUCAUCAUCAUCUACUCCAGCACUAUUUGAACGUUACUAUAACGUUUGCGUACACUAUUAUUUUAGGGAAGCUCUGCGAGCUAUGUGUAUUGUGAUUGUCCAAUAUUUCGCAGUGCGAUGAUUAUUCAGCAUGAGCUCGUAUUGAAUUUCAUCUAGAUUCGAAAUGUAUAAUUUUUCGGAAGGCUAUUUUUACCAUUUCACCACGGUGCGAUAUUGUUAGUUAUCGAUAAUGCCUGUAUUCGAUCAUAACAGUUAAAACAAAUUUUAUAAGUAGAAUUUGAGCUAUGAGUUGUUUUACAUAAUUCAUUACUUGUAUACAAAAUAAAUUUUCUGCAAACGUCCAUUGAGCCAAGUGUGCAGCAUCAAACCGUUAUUGGAAACAAUGCGCGGCAAUACGAUUCACAUUCAUACAUUCACCUAUACAAUCUACGAAUUUUGAUCAGUCAGAAUUUCUUCAACAUGCUUGUUGUGCUUUAAUCGUUGAUUCUCUACUAGUAAAUGCUAGCAUAACAUACAUAUUCGAUCACAUCAAUCGUUUGUAUAUUUUUAUCUAUUUCUGAUGUUAAUCAACACUGACUGUUUAUACUUGUUAACACUAAUGACCUAAUGGUGAAGAAAUAUGUUUCCUAAUGUUUUUUGGACAUUAAAUCGAUGGAAAUGAUCGCACAUUAACGUGUUUAAUACGGUAAAAUGGUUCUUCGUGCAAUUAUAAUACAGGAGUACUCAUGAUUCGAAAAUUCGAACCCAUUUCACUACCGUACACCAGUAGAAACUUGGUUUACUUGAAUGUGAAAUGUUGUUCAUAAUUUGCUUGCGGCAAGGUGUAAUUGGAAUGGAAAACGAGAGGCUUAUUUGUAUUGCAACAGUUGAAACGUUUUAAACUACUAUUCUAGGCAUUAAAUGUUUAAAAUUACACCUGUUCCAAAAAAAGCUCAUUUCGAAUGAUAAAACAUUCAAAAGAAAAAUAAUUUUCGGAUUCAUUAUGUUGCAAAUUAAGAUAUGGGUGUGACCAAUAUGUUUAAGUACAGUUUUCAACAGUAAUGUCUAAUAUUUACUGCUUCCUAUUCAGUCAUUUCUUACGAUCACAAUGAAAACCGACGUACCUAAAUGCAAUAGAGGUUAAUUUGUAAGUUAGAUUUGCUGUCGAAAACGGCAUAAUAGUUGCUAAAGAAAAUAAAUUUAUAAAAUACGUUAUAAUCCAUACACUACGUGCUGUGGGAAAUGUAUAUCCAAAAUGUGAGUGUUGGAAUCUAUCGGCAUACAUUAAUAAACGUACGGAUAAACACAAGAUGACAGUUUACACAGGAUGAAGCAAAUAUUAAUUCAUGAUACAUAGAAACAUAAGUUAUAUAACAAUCUGGUACCUGACACAAACAAUAGGAAAUAAGAUAAACCUAUUAAACAAUAGUACCAUAAGAGAAAAAUAGGUUGAGUUGAGCAACUAAAAAUGAAACAAACUACAAAAAAUACUGUACGAGGUAAUGGUUAGUAUUUGGCAAAUGAAUGAAGGCCUGCGUGAAAUUUAGAUCUGAAAUUAUAAAAAAACGAACGAAAAAACAAUGCUAAAUAAUAUUUUGUUGUAGUCAUAUGCAAACACGAAUAACGUUUAAAAAAAUCAUGCAAUGAAAGAGUAUUGCGCGAUUAAUCUACGAGCAGUUAAUUUGGUCUUUGAGAACUUAAUACAUUUGAUAGGGUUUAUUGAAAUCGAAAUUUAAUUUCGAUUGGCUGCCUCAUCCUUAAAAUAAAGAUUGUGAUUUGAUAUGUUAUAGAAGCCAAUUGAAUUGUCAUUAUAUGGCGGAAUGAAAGAUAAGAGAUACGUGGCAUAUGUAAUCUGAUUAGCUUACACCUAAUUUACGUAAAAGUAGCCUUCUAUCCUAUAUACGUCAUUGCAGUGUCAACGAUUGUGACUCGCAUGACUGUGUUCUUCUUCGUUUUCAAACAAAAAAUCUUUUGGCAAUUGCACUGGAACAGGGGAUCGAAAAACUAUGGCAGAAAAGCGUAUUCAACGUGCCUUGCUUGUACAAAUCCAUACAAAAAAAUGAAAGUAAAAUCUAUGAAUAACAGUAAUAUGACACCAUUUCAACUAAUUAUGAUUCUACUAAACCUGAUUAUUAUCAAAUUCACUAAUAAUUUGAAUAUCCAAAAAAGUAUAUAACUUUAGUCAACUUUGCACAAAUCGAUCACAGACAACAAUAGUGCCAUUCAUAGAUUCAACCAGAAAUGACCACAUUUUGAACUCGACAAGCCGUGCAAUAUUAUAAGUAAGAAAAUAACAUUUUUCACCUCAUUCAUGCAGACAUUGCAGACGUUCAAUACUAUCAUUUACGCUAAUAUUAAAAUCACUUUUUUAUACUUUUUGGUUAAUUGAUUGCGGAUGGUAAAUAAUAGUCCAAUGGGCUUGUUAGCGCCAAUGUAUUAUAGUUUACAUUAUGCCAUUCACCAGCUGGACUGGUUUAAACAAUAGGAAAGAAAUAUGAUCAGAAUGUCAGUAGCAUUAUUAUUAAAAACACGAAUAUUUGGAUUAUUGAUAACUUUAACAUUUAUUGUUCAACAAUUUGUUAAAGAUCAAUCGACCUCUGAUAUUAAGUUAAUUCUCAUUAACGUUAUACUGGAAUUGAAAACAUUCAAUAAGAAAUUUAUAAACUUUUUACUUGCUGGGAUUUCAAAGAAUUCAUUAAACAUUUUUUCACCUCGUCGUGCUUACAUUUUUGACAACAAAACUGUUGUCAGCUUUAGUUUACAUGACGGUUUAGCCCUUCGCUUAUUUUUUUUUUUUUUUGAAAUAUACAACUCUAUUCAAUUUUUCCAUCAUGAGCCUCUGGUCUGGUCAGAACUACUAAUCUGAAUUUUGGUUAAAUUGUAUAGCCCGACAAAUGUUUGAUCAGAAUUUAGAAUGUUACAAACUGUUGGCCCUAUUACAUAUAACGAAUUAUAGGACGAGUUAUAGGACUGUCGACAGUUAUAGGUCAGUCAAGUAAAGUGAUUCUCGAAACGUCAUAGGUUAUUAUUGCCUACGAACGGCCGAAAUUCAAACGGCCGAAUCGAGAAUUUUCAACAAUUUGCUGCAAAUUGAAUCAUGACGAUUUGAAUCAAACAUUUAAAUUAAUAAAACUACUAGCAUAGACUAACAGACAUACAACUUUGAACAAAUUUCCAAUAAAAUCAUCUUUCGCAUGACACCAGUUGCCGUUCCACGCAUACUUUUUUUUCUUCACAUUCCACACAUAAUUGUCCCAUGUUCCAUUUUGGUCAUUUUUACUUUUCAUAGCCAAACGUUGUUUUUUGACGUAAAUUUCCAGAAAAAUACUUCAACAAUAAUAUUAUGUUCUAAAAAUGUGUCAAAAAAUACCAAGUCUGUUUGUCCCAUUGUUGAGUUUCCUCGCAUAACUGUCCCGCUAGAGUAAUCUUCACAAUUAGUUAAUUAUAUAUCAAUAUUACAAAGCGUAGGGUUCAGAAAUACUUAAAACUAGACGUUAGGAACUUCUGGCGGAAAGUAGGAGGGAGGUCAAAGAGUGUAAUACAGGCUUUAAAUUCAUCAUCACUGUCAUCACUUCUGUAUACUUGCAACAUGGCCAACGCAUUCAUUUUCGGUUCUGAGCGAAACUUCCGGCAAAUGAAACAAGUCGACGCACACAAUGCACGACUUAAACGAAACAAACAAACUCAAACGUCAUUUGCAUUAGUGCAUUAGUGGUACGAUGCGAAAUUCACAGUGGGACCGUUAUGCGUGGAAUUUGCUAAUUUAUCCUAUAAUUCUAGGCAUAAGAGUCCCACUGAACAUUUUUUUCUGUAAACGACCGUAAAUUAAAUCCUCAAAUGAAGUAUUUGAUUAUUUUCAUUGGAUUAGUUAGUCUUAAGGCAAUUUCAAUCACAAAAUUGCUGGUAUUCGGCUAACUCGAUUGUCCGGGCGCAGGCUAUCCUUACUCGCCACCGCUUGUUUGGACGUUAACUAUGGGAUUGCCCCAUUGUUCCGCUUCCGGCGAUGGGUCGGCGGCUGGCUCGGCCAUCAAACAUCGCGGCGGCCUUGGGCCGCCUUGGUUUCUUGCCCUCGAUUAUGCGGCAGAGCCACCUUGGUAUAAUGUGCAAAUAGAAUGUUCAACAAAAAACUAGUUGUGUAAUUAUAUCAAGUUUUAAUUUAAAUAAUCCAUAUUUGAUGUUGCUUAAAAAAAUCCGUCUUUCGUGAUCCGACCGAUUUGAAUUUCGACCUUCCGUGAUUCGGCCGUUUGUGCUUCGGCCGCUUGGAGCUAUCCCAACAGGGUUAUAUCAAACAGUAAUAAAAAAGCGUGGAAUUUGAAAGAGUAGACAUUGGUCUCAUUACCCACAAUUAGGUUUUCAUUUUUUUACCAAAUGGUUCAAAAACUUUGUAUCUAAACCUAUGGAAUGGAAAAAUAUUGAUCUUCUAAAAUAUUGCACCUUGUACUUGAUUACAGUCAAAGAGGAGUUAGCAAGUACGAUGAACAUGAGGAUGUAGGUAAUCGAAAAAUUUGGCGGCUUAUUUGCAGAUUUUUAAGCACUGAUUUCUUGGACAUUUUUAAAUGUACAAUUUGUUAAAACUCUAUAACAUGAAAAGCUUAUAGCAGAAAAUGAUGAAAAUCAAACUAUGAUCAAGAUUUUUGUUUUCAUGUUAAAUUUAAUUGAUUUGAAACAAUUCUUAUUAGAGCCAACUGGAACACAUCAGUGUCACGCAAAAAUGUCACAUAAUUUUUCAACGUGUUGUCAUUUCUGGUAACUCAAGUCAAUAAUACAAAUAUCAACGCGUUGAUCGAAUUUCACGUUAUUCAUCCUAUUGUUCUUAGAGUUAAUUUCGCAUUGCAUUAAAAAUAAGAUAAAAUGAUUUUCAUCAGGCUACCAACUUUGCGUCAUGUAUUUGCUAAAUAACUAAAAUUUAUAACAUUCUGAAACGAAACAUAAUUUUCAAUAGGCGGCCAUUUAUAAGAGACUACUUCUAUGUGCGAUACAUAAAUAUAUAAACAAAAGAAACAACGUUAAAAUAAAAAUAAAAAUCAAUUGGUUGAAUAUUUUGUGCUGCAAAUGCAAAGUAUAUUGAUCAUUCUUAAUGUACAUAUGUGAUGAAUUGGUCAAGUACCAAGUAUUUCACCAAAACGAAAACAGAAUUUCAGCUUAUCCUUAGUAUUUUAUUUGUUUGGAAUGAAAAAUAAUUAAAUCUGAGUGAUUCUAACUAACAUUCUGGAGGAAUACUAUCUGUAAUAUUAUUAAUACAGGUGCAUACAUGUAUCUAUUGUUCAUGGAUGGUCGCUCAAUGUAUUUUUUUCCGAGAAAUGACAGUUUUUUUAGAUCUUUAACAUUUAACUUGCUACAGUAGACACAUUUUUUGUCACAAUUUACUGCCAAUCCGUGGAUGUAAAUUUGGCGCUACGUAUCUACCAUAAUGAGUUCCGUCAACAUGAUUGUAGAUAACAAUUUUACAAUAUAUGUUUAGAUCCCUAUUUCUAAAUUAAUCUAUAGUCAAACACAGUUACCAUUAACAAUGCACUUCAUUUUUGUUUUUAUCGUAUUUAUUUCCAUCUAUAUUUCGUUUCAUACAUAAGAUAUGUUUUAUUCAAUUUCCAUAUAUUCAGUUCUCUGUUUAGUAAAAAUCACAUAUCAAAACACCACACAACAAUAAACAAUUUCCAGCAAUAUACAAUCCUCUAUAUUUUAUGAUUCUUGAAGGUGGAUGACUUAUAAAAGAUAAAAAAGCUGAGCCCAUGCGAAUGCAAAGGAUUUUAUCUAGCGUUUUCACACGUGACGUAACCCCUUCUACUAUAACCGAUUGGGCAAUUUUAUCCUUGAAGUACAACCCCAGUCUCCACUAUGAAAUCGCCCUAAUAUCUCCGCAAACAAACCUUACUAAACUAACACCCAAUAAAACCAAAUAAAUCAGUUUAGAGCAUUUAUCAAUAACUCAUCGCACUCGAAUACAUCUACAGCCAAAGCAUCUCUCAGAUAUUGUUUUCUAGAUGUAUAAUAAUUUCAAGCACAUGAUAAAACUCUUACUAUAGAAUCUGAGAGCAUACGUAAAAUGGUAAUCUUAAUAGGCAACAGCAUUUUAUAAAUCUUCACAUUCCAUAUUCCCGUGAGCACUGAAAGUAAUUGUUUCAAUUAUUUCCACUCCAGAAAUCGAAUAGUAUUUAUUAUUAUUUUUAAUAUAAAUAAAUUAUUAAUUUUAAAACUGUGUUAGCUUCAGUUUAAGCGAAUCUCGCCACUUUUUGUACAGCGAUUUUAAAAACAAUUAUUUAACUGAAGAACAAAACUAACUAUUUAUUUAUUUCCUAUCCUAUACAAACACACCCACAUACAAAUACAGUCAUACACGAGUCAAGCAAACAUUAGAAAUUUACAAGAGUACCAUUUCACUGAUUCGACUUAAACUUAACCAAGCACAUUAAUUUAGUAAGUGUAAAGUGAAUAACUAUAUCGAACAAAAAUUAGAACAAAAAACUGUCAAGAUUCCUUAGUUUUCCUUAGAAAAUACCGACGUAAUCAAGGUAUUUUUGUUUCAUUUGUAUUAUCUUAUUGUUUCCACAUUAAACGAACACGAAUAAAUGUUUGUAUUUUGAGAUGAAUUGUUAUCUACCUCAUAAUGACAAGAUCAUUUUAUGACUUUGUUUUUAACUCUAGUAAGAAGAAACAUACUAAACGAAACAUUUUAUUGAUUAAUUUUAGUUAUUAAUGUGUAAAAUAUACAGUAUACAAUAAAUAAAACAUAAAAAAUA